GUCAACAGUAGCAAGGGGUUAUCGGCACAGGAGCCGAAACCAAUAAAUCCUCUUGUCUGCAUCAGAGGGGUACUGUCCUGUCACAAGGACGAGGAAAUAAUUGAACUUUUAAAAACUCAAAACAAACACCUGAUGAGUGAACUGGACCAGAAAAAUUCAAUAUUAAAGGUGCGGUAUAGGAAGCGCGCGAGAAACCCGCACGAGUGCCACCCUGUCUUGGAGGUCUCUCCAGAAUGUUGGAAGGCACUCUGCAAGGCAGAAAAAGUUUACGUGGGCCUAAAAAGAUGCCCCAUAGAGGACCAAUCCCCCUUGGUGCAGUGCUCCAAAUGCCUGGGAUACGGGCACACUCGAGCGCUGUGCAAGGCACAGGAGCAAUCAUGCUCGUACUGUGCCAAAACCCACAAGGAGAGGGAGUGUCCUCUUAAGGCGCAAGGAAACACUCCCACGUGCGUCAACUGCCAAAAGGCCAAAAGAGACGGCUCUGACCUGGAACACACUGCAUUCAGCAGUGAGUGUCAGGAAAGACAAAAGUGGGACAACAUAGCGAGGUCUCGCGUCUCCUACUGCUAA